AUGGAUGAGAGGUACUCAAACACAUACCACAGGAAAGAGAAGGCAAGUGAGACAGAGCUCUUAUCCCAGGUCUUUGUCAUUAUGCAGAUCAUCAGUAGAUGCUGUAGCAGCACUAGAGAGAGUGAAGGCAGAGGCUCCGCGAGCACGUUGCACAUUGCAGAGAGGGAGAUCGACAUAAGGGCAGAUAAAGCUCAGCUAGAAGCUAAUUUGGAAGCCCUGCAUCUUGAAAAAGAGGAUGUAGCUGCUAUUGCUCAGGCAGAGGUAUUGGGGGCAGGUGCAGGUCAAGAGGUGAGAACAGUUUAUCAGUCCCAGAGAACUGCCCUCAAUGUCGAGUGCAACAAAGAUGAUCUUAUUGAUGUAUUGACCCAAUGCUCAAAUGCACAAAGGCUGAUUAUUGGUCAGACCUACAACGCUAUGUAUGGAAAGGAUCUGGUCAGUGAUCUUAAAGAGAGUUUGUCUGGACAUUUCAAAGAAGUAAUGGUAGGGCUGAUGUACCCACCAGCUUUCUUCGAUGCUCAUGAACUGAGACAUGCAAUGAAGGGUGCAGGCACAGAUGAAAACUGCCUAAUUGAAAUACUUGCCUCAAGAACAAACAAUGAGAUCUAUGCAAUCAAUGAAGUCUACAUGAUGCAGUUUGGCAUACAACUUCAAGAGGAUAUUGAUUCAGAAACAUCUGGACACUUCAGGGAUUGUCUCAUGCUGCUUGCACAAGGAACCAGGGAAGAAGGAUAUGGGUAUGAGGAUCAAGGCAUGGCUGCUCAAGAUGCCACGGCACUUUGGGGAGCUUGCCAAGAUGAAACAGGGGAGAAUAAAAAGAUCUUGCAGUACAUCCUAUGUAAAAAGAGCUUUCAGCAUUUGUGGAUGGCCUUUCAACAGUUCCAAUUAAUGUAUGGUAGGGAUAUUCAAGAAGCAAUAACCAACUGCUAUGAGGGACACUUUCAGCAAUUACUUGUAGCAAUUGUCCUUUGUGUUAGAGACAAAGCUUCCUACUUUGCAUACAAACUCUACACAGCAAUUUAUGACUACGGCUUUCACAACAGAACUGUUAUAAGGAUCAUGAUUUCUAGGAGCGAAAUUGAUCUGAUGAACAUCAAAAGGAAUUACAAGGUCAGCUAUGGAAAUUCACUACACCAUGAUAUCAAGAAAUAUGCUUCGGGACACUAUGAGGCAGCUCUCUUGGCAAUUUGUACUGGUGAUGCUGACGACUGUUAAAUGAAGAAGAUUCCACAACUAAAACUUAAAUCUUAUAAAACUCAACUCCAUCCGAUGAAAUGCAG